AUACUUGACUUAUUCGAGUAGAGAGCGACAAACAUAAUUUGGAGUAUCUACGCGCGCGACUGAGUUUACUUAAAGUUGUGAUGUCUUUUUAUUGACUUUAUAAAAAGUAAUUCACUAUUUGCAGUUAAAUCUUUUUUCUCGUAAGGAUGUCUGCACCAAAACAGCAACAGAAUGUCGAGCACAAAGAGAAGAAGAGGAAAGAGAGUAUUCUCGAUUUAUCUAAGUACCUUGAAAAGAACAUAAGGGUAAAGUUCGCCGGAGGCAGAGAAGCUGAAGGUAUACUCAAGGGUUACGAUCCCUUACUAAAUCUCGUACUGGACAACACAAAGGAGUAUCUUAGAGAUCCAGAUGACCCAUAUAAAUUAAAUCAGGACACUCGUAUGCUGGGAUUGGUGGUGUGUAGAGGAACAUCGGUAGUGCUUAUUUGUCCCGUAGAUGGCAUGGAAUCCAUUCAAAAUCCAUUCAUACAACAGGAAGGAUAAACAGGAAAGAUUAUGUCUUCACACAACCAAUAUAUGAUGUUACAUCUUAAGAGAGAAAGUUAUCUUAAUAACUAAAAAUCUUGAACCAUUUCCAUUUUUCUAAUGAUAAAGAAAAUAUAAUUUAUUUUGCUUCAUAUUGAUAAUUAAAGAAGCUUACCUAUGUAUCUAGAAAAUAAAUGCAAUUUUCUUAUAAAAAAAGUA